UGCGGUUACUAAGGAAGAAGAAGAAUAUGUCGAGUUGUUAUUUGGAUGGUUGGAAUUUAAUAUUUUGUUGUUCACGAAAGAAACCAGCACAUGAUCAAGUUCCUUGCCAAGAAGAUAUUACACAAGAUGUUAUAUUAGAUAAACAAUUUAUUGGUUAGUUUUUAUAUUCUAUAUAUCACAACUGUGUAUUUGAUGUGUUGUGUUUUAACAAUAGGUUUGUGUUUACACAUGUAAAUGUGUUAAAAAAACAUUAACAGACUUGGAUUAUCUUUUGUCAAGGUGAUGAAGUUGUGAUUGUGAAAUCUGAUUUAAGAAUAUGUGGAUGUGGUGCUGCACUUGCUACAGGUCCUAUAGUUCAAAAUAAAGCUUAUUUUGAAGUGAAAGUACAAUGUGGAGGUAGGCCAUAAAUAUACUGUGGGCUCCAGUGUAGGUAUAGCUCAGUGUAGCAGUUAAUUAAACAAUCUUCACAACCUUCACUGAAGGAUCUAGCCAUAUCAUGUUUUACUGUCGUUCCAAUUGAAGUGUUCCUCAAAUAUUGAUUCAAUACAUUACCUCGGGCUGACCAAUUCAUUUCAUCAAGUUCCUCGAGAUAUUCAUACACUUCCUGUGAAAGAGCCAAUUCCAGGUAUUUGAUCAUUUUUGAUCACUUCCUUUCUAUUUAUGAUUGGUUAGUUGCACAAACAACAAAGGUGAUUGGUGCAUUCAAACUAUUCAACAGGAAGUUUACAAUUAUACUAGGAAGUGUAUGAAUAUUUUGAGGAACUUGAUCAAAUGAAUUGGUCAGCCCGAGGUAAUGUAUUGAAUCAAUAUUUGAGGAACACUUCAAUUGGAACAACAGUAAGUGAAGGUCCUUUCCUGAAAGGUAUUAGUCAAUAACAAUAAUCCUGGGGGGGGUGUAAUAUAUAUGACAAAGUGGAGGAUAAUCUUAUAAUAAUUUUAUUAAGUAGUUUAUUAGCGAGCUUAAUACAUUACAAUAAAAACUAAUCAAUUAAAUCUAGGUAUUACACAGUAUAGAUACAGAAUUAAUACUGCUAAUCUAGUUAAAAUAUUUAAAGGUAAAAAAGGACUGUGCUCUCUUUGUUCUACAAGCAGGUAGUGUCAUUAAAUAAAUAGAAAAUUGUUCAGAAAUCCUCCUUAAGUUAAAAUUGUGAUCACAAACAACGGGCUUAGGUAAUAAAUUAAAUAGUGGAUGGUCCUUACACUUCAUCUUGUUCAUAUAUUGUAUACACAGUAGUUCUCUUCUUGUCUUUAAGGUUGGAAGUUGUGAUCAAUUAAGAACUCUGAAUACAACUCAGUCUCUGGGUAGAUUAUUUUUAAGUGCCCUAUUUUGCACUACCUCAAUUGCAUCACACAAAUAAUCCAGUAUACCCUGCCACACAGGAACAGCAUAUUCCAGCACCAGUCGUACUGUACUUUCAGCAUAUUACUUUUUUGGUAGUUUGGUUGACUCUUCGCAAAAUUCUUAGAGAAUACAACUUCUUACUGGCUUUUUUAAUAUAUUUUUUGAUUUACUAUAUUUUUUAAUUUACUAUAUUUUUUGUCCACUGGCCAGCUACACCUACCUCCCCCACAUUUCCCCCUUUUUUUUGGAAUGAAUUUUUGCCCUUCCAUGGAACUGGACUACACAGAAUGGACCUUCACAUGUUUCAGGCCUUAAAAUAUCGGUCGGUCAUGGACAUUGUCCGACCCAUUCGUGAAAUUGUCCGACGUAGAAAGGAAACCACCGGACAUUCUGUCCGACCAAAGUGAAACUGAGGUUUAUUGUUUGUCCGACUCGAGUGUAUUGGUGUCCGACCGAACUGUAGCUUUGUCCGACGUAAAUGAAAUGUACCCUAGCCCAGGAGUAGGGCUAGAGGCUUGUAUGUUAUACGGUACCAAAAAUUGAGCGUAGUGUAAACAGGGCUUAGCUAAAUAGGUAGUCCAAGAACCAAAAAAGUGGUACGGUACCAAUUUUAUCCGUGCCGUACCAAAAAUUGAGCGUAGUGUAAACAGGGCUUCCGAGUACUAUUGUAUAAAAGGUGAACUGGAAAUGUUGUUUUAAUGUAUAGUCGAGCGCGGGGCGGCGAGCGAAAUGGUGAAGUGGAAAAUGGGCUUAAGUUGUCGAAGUCUUUUUUAACACUGCUGUUCUGGAAAGCAAGUUAAUUUUGGCUUGGAAAUAAGUAUGAAAGAAACAAAUUAUUUAACAUCUUUACAAACAUUUACCAUUUAUUCAUUUGUGUCAUUCAGAUUUAUUUCCGAGUCAAAACUGAACUGAAGGUCAUCGGACAUAUGUCCGACCCAAACUCAACGUCACAGGACAUUUUGUCAGACGGCCCUGUAAAAGAUAUUUUAAGGCCUGUGUUUUAUCUGCAAGUGACUUUAUAUUUUAUGAUUUUGUUUAUCAAGGUGUAUGGGGUGUAGGUUUGGCAUCCAGAAAGUGUGAUCUAAAUCGUCUACCACUGGGUAAUAAUGAAGAAAGUUGGGUAUUAAGAUCAGAUGGUGGUAUAUGUCACAAUAGUAAAGUGGUUCAUCAACUAAAUGUUAUGCCUGAUGAAGGUGAUAUCAUUGUAAGUGUAACUGUACAGCUCCCCCAUAAAUUUCUUAUCAUGCCGCCACAAUAUUUGUUGUAAUUUAUAUUGUAAUUUUAUUCUGGUGAAGUUAAAUUAAAUUAAGUUUCCUUCCUACACCAAGAAAACAUAUAACUGAUAUUCUGAAUGUGUAUCUUUCAUGUAAUCUAGGCUUGCACUUACAACCAUGCAGAAUUAUACUUUUACAUUAAUGGAUGUCAGGUUGAAUUUCCUCUCACUGGAAUUAGAGGAACAGUUUAUCCUGCUGUUUUUGGUGAGUUUUUCAUGUCCAUGUCCGUUCUGUGUGGUAUUUAUUUUGUGUCUUUAAAGUACCAUCAGAUGAUUGUUUUUUUUGUAUAUAUAUGAUGUAAUACUUGGGUAAUUGCAAAAUUAAAUUUAGUGUAUCUUUAGUACAUUAAGAUCUCAUUUAACCCUUAGAGAGCUGAAUUAAUUUUGUGAAAAUUUCAACUUUUUCAUUACAUGAAAAUGACAGAUUAGCAUGGUCUUCUGAAAUGAAAACCAAAUUACCGACAAUUACCCAUGCAUGGGAACAGGGGUAAACAUGCUCAUUAGUAUGCAUUAAUUGAAGCAAUCUCAGGUGCUAUAGUAUGCGAUUGUACAAAAGAUUUUUAGUUCACAACAUAACAAUAUUUUAUGCUGUUUAAUGCUUGAUACCUAUAUUUAAAAUUAAAGUUGUCGACAUGAGGGAUGGGUCUUGUGAAAGCAAUCUUUUGCAACAUGUACUGUAUAUAAAUGAAAAUAUCCCAUUGAUACAUAUGCAUGGAAGUAGUCCCUGCCACUAUGCAAUAUGUCUUAUUUAUUAUACAGGAAUUAACACAUGAAGUUGGAAUAUUUAGAUUGGGUUAUGUUUGUGAGGAAGCAGCCAGGAAACGUAAAUGCUGGUAUACUGUACAGUUUUUUCUCUUUUCGUCCUGACAAAUAUUUAAAUUUUUCUCUCUUUUUAGUUGAUGAUGGUGCGAUCCUUGAUGUUAUAUUUAAAAACUUUUGUUACCCACCUCCGGAUGGUUACAGUAGAAUUCUGUUUGAAAAAUCUCUUCUCUAAUAUUUAAAUAUUUAUGACAUGCUCAGUCUAAAGUUUCAUCAGUCUGAAGUUUCAUGAGGGCAAUUUCUGGAACAGGCAACGUCCCAUGGUAUCAUAAGCAACGCCCUAGCCAAUAUUUUUUAGUUUGACGAAUGUGUAAUGAACAGAUAAUGAAUUAUUUUCAAUUAUGGACAUGUGAAUAGAUUUUAAACACUAAGUACUAUUUAAAACACGAGCAGGAAUGCUUUAAUAUCAGAUUUUUUCUGGGUCCGGGCUUUCCUCGACUUCUGAUUUUCUUCGAGUCCUUAAGUUUGUAAGUAAUUAGUAUGCCUACAUUUCUAGGCUUGACUGGGUAUUAUUGGCAACCCAUCCCUAAUUAAUAGACCUUACCUAAUAUGCUCUUUUACCCAAUGGCCUCGUUUCCCAUGUCAACUUAUUUUCGCCUGUCAGGAGGCGGAUAAAGAUUAUAUAUAUUUCCAUGUUUUCCUUAGCCUGCGAACAGGCAUUUAUUCAUGCCAUAAAUAAAUGCCUGUUUGCAGGCUGUUUUCCUGGACGAAUUUGUUUCUUGCUGUUGUUAGGUUCAAUAACAAAGUAAUUUUCAACCCCACUAAGCACAAAAUAUGAGUAAGUAGUUGACACAAAAAACGAGGCCAUUGGGUGAACAGUGAAUAAUCGGUUAAGGUCUAUUACGCUAGUCUACUGUUGCUCAAGCUUUAACGAAACUCACUUCAAAGGAGAACAGCGAUAAUUUCGUUUGGACUGAUGAAUUUACUGCAGCCUUUGAACAACUUAAACAAUUACUUUGCUCCGUACCAAUACUAUGUUACCCAGACUUUGACUGAGAAUUUGUAUUGCAAAUGGACGCUUCUGAUGUUGGUCUAGGAACUAACGAGUCUAACAGUCCCCCAAGUCCCACCUACUAGCGGUUCCAAAGUCCCACCUACUAAUGGUGCCCAAGUCCCACCUACUAACGGUCCCCCAAGUCCCACCUAUAAAUGGUCCCCAAUUCCCACCUACUAAUGGUUCCCAAAUCCUACCUACUAAUUAAUGGUCCCCAAGUGGACAAGUCCCACCAACUAACACUCCCCAAGUCCCACCCAAUAAAUGGUCCCCAUGUCCAACCUAGUAACCUACUAACGGUCCCCAAGUCCCACUUACUAAUGAUCCCCAAGUCCCACCUACUAAUGGUCUCCAAGUCCCACAUACUAACGAUACCCAAGUUCCACCUACUAAUUAAUGGUUGCCAAGUCCCACCUAUGAAUGGUCCCCAAGCCUUCUCUUAUGAUAUCCAGAAAUGGUCACAUUCCAUCAACUGUGAACUAGGACAGGAUAAGAUUCCUCGCUGAGGCAUUUGAAACAUUUCAAAAAGGAUGCGAGAGUAGGUAGAACUUGGCAAGAUGGCAUCGCAAACUGUGAAAAGGUGUUAUAUGCAAACACAUUAGCAUAAUGAGCCCACUUAUCGUACCAUAGACUGGAUCUUGUUUUAACACCAAAACCAUAAAUACACACUUCACAAUGUAAUCCAUUGAAAAUAAGUAGUUUUCAUUGCCAGAAAGCAAUGCGUAGUGACCCAGCUUUAAUGAAACACACAUGCAACUAUACCAUAAAUACAGAUGGGCUUAUACAUGGGACUAUGGGAGGGCUUAAUUACGGGGGGAGGGGGCGGGGGCUGUAAUAUACACACAACAUUUGAUGUUGGUAAUAAUACUUAUUGUAGCUGUAAACUCUACCAUGAACGAAAAGAAAUACAAACAUACACUGUAUAAUUAUAAUCUAUACAUUACAAUACAAUACAGUGAUCUGAACUUAUACAAAUGAGAACUUAUAUAAAUUUUCAAUACCAUUUGCCAAUACGGUGACCUUCCAAACUUCUUAUUUCAUUAGAGCAUGUAAAACAUGGAACAUUUUGGGCUGCGAUCUUCGUCACAGAGAUAUUGGUCUGAAUACCUUUAAAUCAAAACUUAAGACAUAUGUAUGUUAUGUUUUGCGUGUUGUCAGUUAUUUAUUAAUUAUUCAAUAUUAAUAUUAACGUGAUUUAGAUGUAAUUAUAUAAAGGACUUGCCGUAAUUGGGGACACUGUGGCGAGUAUCCUGGCACUACAUAGUUGUUAUAAUAUAAAUGUAGUAGUUGUCGAACAUUAUUAAAUCAUUAAAUCAUCUAAUUAUUGUCACUUGUCUGAUCUGUUGGAAUCACUGUUGCUGUGCUAAUUAACCAAUGGGC